AGAUCAGACAGGGGCGUGUCUUGUGGUUCUUGAAUGGGAAUUUUAACCCGUUCACUCAAUCAAUUUAUAUUCAAAAACGUGCAACAAGUGCCAUCCCACGGUUUAGUUAGUAAUGGCGAUUUCGUUGAGUGUAUCAUGAUUUAGAGAUGCAGACACAUGUAUUAAGUUCGAUUCACUACCAAUUACCGCCGAGUACGAAUAGCUACAGCGUAAGUUAGCUAGCUAACUCAGUUUUUCCAUCCUUCAAAGCAUCAUUCGUUCCAUCGAGAGCAGCCGAGUGCGUUCUCAGACCAACCAGGAGGUGACCGACCGCAGUGUCCAGCUCCAGCCCAGCAGUAAUGGCUCCCCCUACCAUUGGUGCUGCUUCUCCCAAUCCUCAGGUCAGAGAGAACCCCCCUCCCAGGCAGGGCAGGACUCGCCGGGCCCGUGGCGGAGGAGGCCACAGCCGCCGCAGCCUCCUCCGCUUCAGUGUCAUGCUAAUGACGGUAAGACGCAUGGUUACCAGCCACACCAGCCUGGUCAGACGCUUACUCCCCUUCCUGUCCUCCAUGUGCUCUAGCCUGGAACGCAUUGCCGUGGCAGCGGAGGGGUACACCACCACCAAUACUCGCUCCACCAACGCAAAUGCUCCCUUUAUUGGGUCCUCCUCCACUCGUCCUGCUUCCAGCACCCCAGCCACUGCUAGCAGUGCGCCCUCUAACCCAGCCAAUCCACCCAGGGCACUCUCCUCCACCACCACCACCCAGAUCCGCAGUCGUACUCGCACAACCGGCACCCGUCGAUCUCUCAUCCGAGCCCGGACCAACCGCAGAAUGGGCCUGUCUCGUAUCAUUGAGACCCAUCUGUCCAGACGAGGCUCCCUCCGUGAGAGGGACAGAUGAGAGCUCUAAGGAAUGAGAGACUCAGAUGGGGUUUCUGUUUUCUAUGUUGCCUACCUUGUUUUUGGUGACCUGUUCCUUGGUUUGUUUUAAUAAAUGCCACCUAUGAAUGUAGAUGGGUUUUGUUGACCUUGCUUGCAUUGCUGGCUGCAUGUACAGUAUUAUCUGUGCCCAGUGACGUUUAUCUUUUGUGAAAUGUACAGAUUCAUUACCCUUACAGUACAUUUAAUUUUCAUGUGGGUUCAAAGAGCUUCUACUCCAUUUCCUUUUCCUGGUGAUAUUUGAAUUGAUGGUGUUUUAUAUUGUUAGCUAAAAUCAGUGUUUCCCUUAGCCUAAUUAAUAAUUGGAGACUAUUCCUCAAUGGUUAAUGAUUUAUCAUUGUUUGGUCCAGUGAAAGCACUGACUCUGUAUUUGCAGUAAUAAUAUGUACUUCUAAGGCAUUGGUUGUUAUUUGAUGCUGUGGCACCGGUUCUUUACAAAUUACAUUAGUGCUACUGUGCAAGCCAAGCACUGGCCCUCUAAUAGUAAUGGAGUUUAAUGCAGUGCUAUAAGACUCUGACUCCUCGCUCAUGUAGAAACUGCUCUGCCUUCUCAUCAGGUUUGGUACCCAUCGUCUAACAAUACCUAUAAGGAUGGUAACAAUCGCUAAUGGACAACAUCACAUGAUUAUUUACUGAGCAAUAACAUUGCAAGAGAUUGGGGAAGGUACCACACUGAGAAAGGAUGGGAGAGAGCUUUUGUUUGUAAUUUUUCUAGCUUAAUUUGUUAUGCAUCUGUCUGUCAAAAUGGGUGUCAAUAUGAUUUAUAAACCAAAGAAUUUGUAUAUUUACUACUAUUACAUAUCCUAUACUUGAUUACUUUUGUUAUACGUUUACUAGUUCGUUUGUUUAUUCCUGACAUCAAAUAAAGAUUUGAAUGGAUUUUGUCAA